UGGAGGCGCUGGAACAGGCCCAUAGAGUCCAGCGCUUUGAGUCCGAUGUUGAGAGAUAUUUGGCGUUUUGGGGAGAAUAUUAUAUGUAGCCAAGGAUAUGAUAUGUAAAAGCAUUGGGCAUAAUUAUUGUGAUAUCGGUAUCCUGUAAUAUCCAAUCACAAUUGGACAUUUGUUUCUGCUGGAGUCUCCAGCUGAGGAGCUGCCUGCAGACCCACCAUGCCGGGCAAGGUCAAGGUACGGGUGCUGGCCGGACGGAACCUACCGGUCAUGGACCGAGCUAACGACACGACCGACGCGUUCGUCGAGAUCCGGCUGGGCACGGUGACGCAGAAGACAGACGUGUGCCGACGCUCGCUGAAUCCCCAGUGGAACUCGGACUGGUUUCGGUUCGAGGUUCAGGACGACGCCGAGCUGCAGGACGAGCCUCUUCAGAUCCGUGUAAUGGACCACGACACGUACUCUGCCCACGACGCCAUAGGCAAGGUGUACCUGAGUCUCAGUCCGCUGCUGGCUCCCGAGCUCAUCAGCCGCGCCGACACGGCGCCCGCCGGGUCCGCAGGCGGACCUUCCGUGAUCUCUGGCUGGAUUCCGAUCUACGAUACCCUGCACGGUAUCCGCGGAGAGGUCAAUGUCAUGGUCAAGGUGGACCUCUUCAGUGACUUUAACAAGUUCAGACACUCGUCCUGCGGUGUGCAGUACUUCUCCAGUCCGUGUGUGCCUGCUGGCCACUGCGUACAGGCCAUGCUGGGCUUUGUGCACGAGCUGGUGGUGAAUGAUGACCCCGAGUACCAGUGGAUUGACAAGAUCCGCACUCCCCGGGCGUCCAACGAGGCGCGACAGACGCUCUUCUCCAAGCUGUCGGGAGAGGUGCAGCGCAGGAUUGGAGUGAAUGUCAUCGAGGCCGGAGGGAACGCCGUCAUUGGGUACCGUCAGUGUUUUGAUCUGGAGGGCGAGACGGGUAUCGUGGUGCGCGGGAUCGGCACGGCCGUCAGUCUGGUGCGGACUGAGGCGCGCCCCAGCAGUCCCAGUCCGCUCAGUCGCCAGCCGGGCAGCGGCCGGGACCGGGACAGCUCUGCGGUCGAGGGCUCCGCCGCCGCGUCGGCCGGUCUCCGUCCCGUGCCGUCCGUACAGCUGAUGCCGGCAACUCCAGAACAGGAGCAGCCUCCGGCGACUCCGCCCUCACCGCGACCGUUCGCCGCGCCGGCGCCGGCCGCCUCGCGAGGCAUCCUAGCCGCCGCCCACCAGUUCGUGAAAGACAGACUGAGUUUCCGACGUCGCGGCUCGCGUCGCACCGGCGCGCGAGCGCUCAGUAGAGAGGCGUUUAGUACACCGAACUUCCAGCCGGUGAUCGAGGCUGCAGCGAGGUAUGAGAAGAAAGCCCGACCCGCCGGCCGUCGGCGGAGACUGACGUCGUCCUGUGAUGGAACUCCUCGCAGACUGGGCUCGCUAAACUCGGUGAGCGAGGCUGCUGGAAGCGCCUUGGAAGACGGCGACGAUGAUGGUGAUGACAGUGAGAAUCCCAGUGAACCUGGCGAAGACACAGUUGAAGAUGGUGAUGAUGAUGAUGCUGGUGAUGCUGAGGGUGAUGCCACUGGUGACGAUGUUACUCAGAAUGGUGAUGACGGUGGUGACGCCGAGCGCGAGCGGCCUGUCAUGGUGAUCAGCUCCUCGGAGGACACAGCCAGCGAGACGGGCGACGAGGCGGAGCGGCGCAGCACCGACAUCCCCAACUCCACGCUCCAGCUGGCCCUGGACAGUCUCAGCGCGCAUGACGUGGUGUACAUUUCCAGCAUGAACAUGUUAGUAGAGGUAGCGUCUCUCUAUCCCAGCCUGAGCACCGAUAAUGCAUGCGAUGACAACGAGGAACCAGUGCUAGAUCUUGAGAGCUUCUCACAGGAUUACCUAGACAACCUGGAUAACCCGGUACCGUACCCAGUCAAGUUCACCCUGUACCCUGAUAGUUCGGAUAGUCUUUCUAACGACGAGAGUUCUGGUGUUUGUGCGCCUGUGACUUUCUCCCUAUACCCCGACAGUGGUGAUAGUCUGGCCCGUUUAACUAACACGGAGGAUGAUCGGUCCGGCGACGCGUGCCCCGCCCCUCAUCCAUCUCCAGUUCCUUCGGGAGGCCUCUCUCCGUCCUCGUCCAAACCCGAGUCAGCCAGUGUCCGGUCCUCGGGGACAAUGGUUGCCUCGCCAGCUGGCGGCUCGACCCAUGAGGCUCCCGCAUCUAGCGUCAGUGGGGACGGAUCGUCGCGCGGGGCUCUCCCAACCACAGUCAGUGAACUAUUCCGACAGUCUGGGAUCGUGUGUCGCAGUGGUGACGUUCAAACGCUGCUGUCUGACGAGAACACCCCCGCUGCCUCCCGGCUUCCUCAGCGGGACAGUAGCGGCGAUAUUAUGUGGUGUCCGGAUGACAGUCAGCCCGGCUCGGCUGCCGGUAGUUUGGAGGUCGUCUCUCAGUUGGACAGCUCUGAUAACCUCGCCUCACCGGCGCCGGACGAGCCCGGGUCGACGACGUCGAGCGGUGGCGACGACUGUCUGAGACGAAGGGAUCUUUUUGGCCGGUUGACACCUCCACGCCGCGUUAUGCGACACGUCGUAUCGGCGCCAGAGGUGGUGAUCGGCGCUGGUGCCCGCACCGGUUUCGCUCCGGACCCGUCACUAGCCUCUAUGAUGUCUGAGGACCCAGAACUAGCGGCCCUAGCCUCGCUGGAGUCGCUCCAGUCAGUCCACAGCGUAUCAGACGUGACGCUAGGCCUGGCUGAGGACGAUCCCCUCAGUUUACCGGGCGCUCCCGAGAUGGCCUCACUGCACAGUGUCUCCUCUGAACAGCUACUUGCGCUGACAGGCCUCCCGGCAGUCGCCGUUGAAGCCUUGUCGCCCACAGCGCGCUGGGAUGCCAGCUCUGACGAGGGCUCCUGUGAUCCCGGUCAGCUGGUCCGCUCUCCUGAGAUGGUGUCGCUGCUGGUGGAGUCCCCCACUCCCCCGGUGACGGCCCCCUCCCCGGACCGCCUGGUUCCCCCUCCGGUACCGUCCCGCCCAUCCUGUCCCACUCCCGCCGCCCGCCCGUCUCCCUCCCCCUCCCCGCGCCUGUCCGGCCGGUCAUCCUCCUCUCGCGUGAGUGCGAGCGGCGCCCCGCGACAGCGCCGCUCGCCGUACCGGGCCGCGGGCACCGACCGGCGCGCUGAUGGCCCUCGUUCGUCUUGCAGCGACCCGUGUGGUAGUCCCCACCUUCCGCAGCCGCCCGCUGCCGCCAGUGCCGCCUCUGUCCCCGCCGUUGGAGCAGCCGGAGCGCCAGCCGCAGCGUCAGUUGGAGCGUCAGCCGGAGCGCCAGUUGGAGUCCCAGCCGCCCAUACGACUUCGGUAGAGGGGAGUGAUUCCGGUGACAAGCUCAGCCGCUCGCUGGAAAACGAUACCAACUUCAAAGCCCCAAGCAGCACCACGUCCAGCGGCGCUGACACGAAGCUACUGGCCCAGCUGGUGACCACGUCAGCCCAACAGCGAGGCCAGCAGCAGGAUAACUACGAGUCGGCAGAGUUCCCCUUCAUCACACUGCGCACCUUUCCGUCAGGGUUCAUCACGCAUAUCGGCGGCACGGUGAGCGCCCGCUCCGUGAAGCUUCUCGACCGUAUCCACCACCCUGAGGAGAGUGAGACGCGGGACGCCUGGUGGGCUGAGGUCCGGACUGAGGUCCGCUCACACUGCAAGUCACUGGCCUGCAACGUCGUGCUGGGAUAUGAAGAGGCCACCACCAUCUGGGAUGACGUAUGCGUGCUGAGCGCCUAUGGCACGGCUGCCACGGUCAACUUUGCCGCGCUGGGUCUGUCGGAGCCACUGGCGGCCGCCCGCUGUGACUCCCGGGAGGUGCGGUCCGCACUGCGACUGGACGCCAGUCUGACCAGCCAGGCCCUGGUGAUUCUGGAGGAGCCCGACUCGUCCGUGUCCAACUGUGCCCCGUGUCACCUGCCGUACAGCCAGGGCAGCGCGCCCGCGUCGGCGCUCCAAUUCAACUGCGCCGUAUGUAGGAAGAGCAAGGUGCCGGACGUGGUGUUCAGCACCAUCGAGCCGCCCGGAGGAUUGCCCGUCACCGGACGCGGCUGUCUCGUUCAGGCCCGCGUGUGUCGAGAAAAAGCCGACGUCAAGUCUGAGGUUUUGGCCAAGGAGGUCUCUGACCGACUACCGUUCCUCGAGUACGAACUGCACCGGCAGCUGCUCACCAAGCUCAGGAUUCUCGGCAUGAAUGCGCUAUUUGACCUGACGAUUCAGCUGUCGAUUGGUGAAGAGAUUAUGGUGGCUGUGGCCACAGCGACUGCCGUCUACCUGUCUGCCCUGCCGCCGCCCGUGGUGCCUCGGGUCACAUCAGCCGUUAAUGACAGCGCCGACCGUCUCGCCGAGACGCAGCGUCGGAUCACAGAGACUGUGGCCAGUAACCGGGAGGCGUUCAACAUCUCCGACCAGGAUGAGAGUGGGAGGACGUCGGACGAGGAAUCAGAGGACGAGGAGGACAAACCGGAGCUGGACCUUGCAGCGGGAAACAAGGACGCCUGCAUACUGGAGAUGGACGACACAGAGGAUGCGGACCUGCUCUCCAUGCUGAUGAGCCGACCUCCACCGGAGCUGUUUGACCUCGUCUCGACGAGCAGCGUGCCCGGGGUACCGGAGCGACUGCUGCUGGAUGACCGGCAGCUGUUCACGCGGAUAGUGCGGACCAAGCUGAGCAGCGCCUCCAACCGGCAGCUGGCGCAGACUGUCGAGAAAAUCAUUCAGGGUCUGUACUUCAAGCUGCGAAAGCUGGCGCCGUGCGCACUGUGCGGCCUUCGGUUCAGUGUCGAUCUGCCCGAGGACGACGAAAUCCAGAUAUCCGUGUAUGGUGCGGCGCUAAGCGUCAGCGCCCCUCUCAGCAAGCAGGCGUCUCUGCGCUCGGCCGGCGCGGAGAACGGUUCAGCCGACGGCACAGGGGAGGGUCCGGUUGGAGACAGGUCGGCCGGCCGGGCCGGCAGUGUCACCGGAGCGCUCAAAACUCAGAACUCACUGUGGCGCGGCGACUAUGAUGUCAUUAUUACGCCACUGCCGCACGUCACCGGCGGAAAGGUGGAGCGCUGGCUGGGCAACCUCAACUUCUUCUUCAUUCGAGAGUGCACCGGACUCAGAGAGGUGGGAGGUCUGAACGGCUUCAUGCAGGACCUGAUCACCGAGGUGCUGGCUGUGGUUCGCGCACACGUCACUUCGCUUGGAGGGAACGCACUCGUCUCCUACUUCAUGUCGCAGUGUGUGCUGCUGCCCAACCCGCACAAAAACCAGGCGCAGUGCCUUGUCAAUGUCGGCGGCGACGCAGUGCUGGUCGGCCACGCCGCUCGGUCCGACGACGGAUGAACACGGGUGCCACCAGCAGCGGUGGAGGCUCGCAAUAUCACAGCUCGGGAAGUGGGACAGUUAACGCGCCGGUACGGUCACGGGAAGACAUUUCUGACCACGGGACCGCGUGAGUCAGGCCAGCGAAGUUUGUUUCUAAGAUAGAUUAGCGGCCAGUGGAGCUUCGUGAUGGCUUAGUGACCGCGGAAGCAUCCAUCGCUCACUCGUUAAGUGCCCCGUUUAUUCCGCUGUUCUCGCCUUUGAUAGUCUACCAUCGAAAGCAUUUGCGAUUGCGAGUGAUUAUAGAACGGUUUAAUGUUCUGCCUUCAAUAUGUUAUGGGUCCCUUGCAGUAACGGAGUGUCAUGUUGAGCUCAAUUUCGGGUAUGGUGUAGUCAGCGAAUUUGUCUCAGAGUAGAUUGGUCAGUGACCUUCGGGCCAGGGUGGCUCGUGUUGCCAUGACUGUUGGCUGUUAGACUGAGAUGUGGGCCUUCUUUGACGCAUGUAGGACGUCGGACCAGAAGAGUCCGAUGGUUAACGUAAGUUAAUGUUGAAAAGACUAGCACCAGUAUAUGCAAUUAAAGACAUCGAGCGCCGACCGUCGCAACGCCAGUUUGGUACGGUGCCGCAUAUCGUAAUGUACGGCACUGUAUGACACGAUAUAGUAAUACACCGUGCAGCAUAGUACGAUAUGCUACGAUACGGUACGGUGGGUAUACUAUUGGGCCUGUAUGGUGCGUUGGAACACUAAAUGGUGCGGCCGGCCCGGCCUAUCUGCCUGUUGUCGCCUUGUCCUGACGACCAGUCACUAUUGCGUGACGACGGCCGUGCCGCGAAAGUGCAAUAUAUUACCUUCGCUA